UGCCUUCUCUCUUCAGCUCCACACCCAAUCUAACUCUCAUUUCUUUCAGAGGUUGCGGGACUUUUUCAGAGAGAUUUAAGGCCUGCAGACCUUCUCUGGAUUCAAUUCACAGUUGCGCUAUUCUGGAUAUAAACAUGUCGGGAAUGAAUAGUGAUCAGCUGCACCGCUCCACCUUGGGGAUUUACUCGAGCUUGAUUAAUGAGUUCAACCCAGGCCUACAGAAACUGGUUUCACUGGGGAACAGUUACAUCCAAGCCUUCAAGGCUCUUGCUGCGACAAGUGACGCUUACUUCAGCGCACUUUCAAAGGUUGGGGAGAGAGCCUUCCACACUGCAUCAUCACGCUCCAUAGGAGAUGUCCUGAUUCAGGUUUCUGAGAGCCAGCGAAGACUCGUCUUAGAACUAGAGGGAGUGUUCCGCUCGUUCAGUUUGGAGGUUCUUGACUCCAUGGAAAAAAAUGUCCGAUUAGACAGAGAGUACUUAUUGGGCAGCAGGGAAACAUAUGAGAUGCAACUCCGCAGCCAGGCAGCAGCUCUGGAGAGACUGAGGAGGAGACCCAGCCAGGCAUAUCCUCAGGGUGGUAGUGAGUAUGUGGACUUCCUCAGGGAGAGCCAUAACCAGGCUCUGCAGGAGGAAGAGAGAAGAUACCGCUUCCUGGCUGAAAAGCACUGUGGCCUGAUAGAGUCCUUCACCAAAUUCAUGAAUAAGAACGGGGUUACUCUCCAGCAGCAAGCUGCUGCCUGGACAGAAGAGGUCGAUGCCACCAGACGACCGGAGGCCCACAGACCUGCAACUUUGGACAACAUUGUGGGAAUGAGGGAGGAGGAAAUCAGAAGGAGCAGAGACGAGAUGCCCCUCGGCAAAAUACCAUCAAGAGCCCCGUCUCCACAGGGAAGCGUUUUUCGCUUCGGAGCAGACUCAGCAGGAGGUGGUGGUGGUGGUGGUGGUGGUGGAGGACGAGUCAUGAAGGCCCGGGUGGCCCACCAGCCUGCUGGAUCCAACCCCACAUUGCUGACCUUCAACAGGGGACAGAUAAUUAAUGUGCUGGUCCAACAGCCCAGGAACGGCUGGCUGUUUGGACGUGCCGACAACAGCCCACGUCAAGGAUGGUUUCCCGCCUCAUUUGUGGAAGCAGUGGACGAUCCACCAGUGUCACCCGCCCCCAGUAGAACAACUCUCAGGAGCAACAGCAGCAUGAACAGCCUGCCUGUUAGCAGUCAGAGUGGGGCCGCGCCCCCUCCUCCUCCACCACCGCCACCGCUGCAGUCACCAUCUUUGAAUAAACCACAGUCAUCUAUGAAUAUGGCGCCACCUAUGAAUUCAAACUUGUCUAAUUCAGAAAAUAAGAGAUCGCAAGUGAAUGACUCCCGGCCGCAGCUCUUCCCAAAGGGUACCAAUCCGUUCGCCACGGUUAAGCUGAAGCCCACGUCCACCAAUGACCGAUCGGCUCCACGUUUAUAUCGAAGAUGACAUCUUGACCCUGAAAUAAAUGCUUUUAUUAGGCUUAGCAGUUCGUUCUUGACCUUGGCAGUAUAUACUGUUAAAUUCUGAGGUAAAAUCGAGUCUUUUUUUCCCCUUUGUCACACAAAAUGGGACAAAGAAGAAACAAGUCUGAAUAAGGACUUGAGGUGUGUGUUUAUGUCAGAUCUUUUAAAACUUGCGUUAAAUGGUUUGUAAAAUAGUAAGAAUGAAUCACUGUAACACAAACCAGUGGGUGUGUUGAUCACAACGGGUUUUAAAUCAUCAUUCCUUUCCUGUGAUGUUUACGUCUUUCUGCCAAGAGAUGACAUGCGAACGCUUUUAACUUUGUCCUUUUUGGAAAAUACUGAUCGCUGUCUGUGACGUGUAUAUAAUGUACAGCUGAUGUUAGGAAUCAGAGCCAAGAUUGUGUUAAUGUAAAGUGUAUCUUUCAUUAUGGAGGAUAACUCAGGGAGGGUGCUCGAUGCCAUGCAGCUGCUUUAAUUAUCUUUUUUUAAUGUUUUUAUAUUGCACCUCCACCAUUUUCCUCCACAUGUUCAACAUGUGAUAUUAAGUCCAUUGCUAAAUAUUAAUUGUACUUCAAAUGUACUUUAGAAAAUGAUGAUAUAACCGCAGGCACCUAAUGUAAUAUUUUAUAAAAAUAGGAUGAUGUUCCUGAGAUGGAAUGUACUGAAUAAUGUAAUGUAUUAAAGGAUAAUGUA